ACUAGCUAAAUGACAGCCAGUAAUAUUUGCAGAAAUCUGGCAACGCUCUGCGGGAUUGUUGUUACGCGAGCGAUUUUUGUGGUUUUUAUUUCUAGUUAAAUUAAUCAAAGAAAUUGACUAGAAUGUUAGCUCUACGCAGCGCCCAGAGGUUGAGCUUACGUUCCCUCCUGCCGGCUGCCUACAAAAACGUGGGAUUGGUCAGCUACUCAUCCUCGCAGUCGAAAAACGACGAUGGAUACUCCUCCUCGGACGACGAGAAGCCGAGGAAGAAGAAGGACAAGCCCGUGGAGAUGAGUGAUAAGCCCCCGGAGACUGCGGCUCAGCGUUUGAACCGAUUGCUAGGCACCAUGCAGGCCACAGACCAGCUCUCUGCAUCCGAUUUCCCACGUCCUGGCGAUGCAAACCGGAAACGUAGGGAGGUCCAAAAACAGGAGAUCGCCUCCAAGAAUGUCCUGACCGCGGCGAAGAACAUUGCCAGCAUGCUGGGCACCAGCGAGAGCGACAAGAAGCAGACGGAGUCCGAGCUGCUGGCCAAACUCCUGGGUCAUGGCAGCGAAUCCUCUCCAGCAGCGCAGGGGGAAAAUCAGGCGACAGAUGCCUCAACAGCUCCUGCUGGCGAUAAGGAACUUAAUCUGAGCGAACUGAUUGUGGGCAUGAAGAUCGAUCGUCGCCAGCAGCCGCCGCAGGAGCAGACCCGCGGAGAGUACGUGCGUCGCUCGUUGGCUUCCAGGUCCAAGUCACAGGGCAGGGAUGGUUACCAUCAGCGGCCACAGAGGCCCAUUAAACGGGAGGCUGAAUCCUUUACGGGCAGCGUAAAUCUUUAUGGCGGAGAACCGUUGGGCAUCUUCGAGGAUACCCAGAUUCCCAGUUCUAACGACAUCCUUUCCACUUGGUCGCAGCUCAGCGAGCGAGAGCUGAGCCUCCAGGCCGCCCAUCCGCCGGCGAACUACUUCGAACAGAUGGUCCUGUGGACAGAAGAGAGCAAAGUGUGGCGUUUUCCCAUCAACAACGAACAGGAUUGGGUGGACGAGGUGAACGUGGACUUCUCGGAGCACAUCUUCCUCGAACAGCAUCUGGAGGAGUGGUGUCCCAGCAAGGGCCCCAUCCGCCAUUUCAUGGAGCUCGUCUGCGUCGGCCUGUCCAAGAACCCCUACGUGACCGCCCAGGAGAAGAAGGAUCACAUCCUGUGGUUUCGCGACUAUUUCGCAGCCAAGAAGGACAUUCUCAGGGACCUGAUUAGCAAGGAGCCGGGCAAAAGUAUUUCCGCUUAAUGUCUUUGUUUGAAUAUUUGUUAAAAAUAUAUUUUUGCUUUAUAAGACCAUCGA